AUACUUGACCUACAUCUGGGGCGCUAGGUUUGUAGUCGCUGCACAUGGGAACCGUUCAGCAUCUUUUUCUAUUUGAGCACAUAACGGGGUUCGGGCUAUUUCGAGUGAAGGAAUUUGACGAAAUAACUAGAGGUUUUAAGGCUCACCCCAAUGCUUUUAUCAAACCGGUCGCUUUUGUCCAUUUUAAGUCAGUCCAGGAGGCUGUAGAAAAUGUUCAAACUAUCGUUAGCGGAAAUCUCUCUGACUUGCUCAGACAGUUUCUAAGAAGGAAUGUACCGCCGGUCGACUGUGUGUUGGGAGUCAGUGACGAAAAACUAGGCAAAUGUAUACUGGCUUGUGAUUUUGGCUUCGAAUGCAUUUGGUAUGGAUCUGUUCACGAGGUUCUUCGGGUAAUAAGACAAAGUUUUGCCCGGUUGACACGUUCGCUGAUCACUCAACCUGGUGCCGCACUCUCCUUACCAAUGAUUGAUGAAAAAUUUAAACCUUCAACUAGCGCAGAUGAACAAAAACCUGGACCAAUCGCUGAAUCACGUGCACGGGUUGUUGUUAGCCUAGCACGUGCUCGUCUACAACUGGGAAUUGAACAUCACCUAGCCGAUACUGGGAUUAUUAAGGUACUGAUGCUGAUCGACGAAUUGGAUAAUUCUUUAACACGGUCAGCUUCGCGGUUAAGAGCUUGCUACAGUAUACACUUUCCAGAGGUGUGUCGACCACAUUUUAAAAAGCAAAUUUGUCUGGAUGAUAUGAAUCUGGUCCAAUUGAUAGCCAACUCCCCACUUCGUUCUUCUAUAGUUUCAAAUUUUGCUGCUGGAAGUUUCACGUAUUUGGGUAGUGACGAACUUGCUUCCCUCAUUGCAACUACUGCUCAAGAUUCUGUUGGGGCUGAGCUAAGUGAGGAAGACUGUGAAAACCUUCAAAAAUAUGCACAACGCUUAUUGCAAAUGAAUGAGGCAAAACAACGGUAUGUAAAUUCCUUGUCACGACGAAUAACUAGUUUGUGUCCUAAUUUGCAUGCUCUUCUUCACUGUACACUUCAUUCAGGUGAUGAGGCGGAACAAGGAAAAGUUCCUAAGGCUAAUGAUAAUUUGUCAUCUUGUUUGAUUACCGCACGUCUAAUAGCUAAUGCUGGUUCUUUCAACCGACUUGCUUCUAUGCCUUCUACACGUUUACUGUCUUUAGGAGCAUCAAAAGGAUUAUUCAGGAAAGGUGGUGCUGUUGUGGCUACAUCUACAGGUCUUUUAUCAAACGCAACUAAAAUAUUAAGAGAUCCGAAAUUACCAACAGAUACAGACAAUCUUCAGCCGGCAACUGCUAGUAUUUCCGCAGCUGAGUUGAAGUCUUUGAGUGCUAAUCGUGUACAGAGGAACACAGUGCAUCGUCGUGCUGCGCGUCUACUUGCUGAUAAAUCAGUUCUCGCUUGUCGUGCAGACUGUUUCCGCCAACACAAUCCAAUUUACCAACAGCAAGGUCUUACUUCACAACCUUGUGUUUCUGUUAUGGAAGAUGAACGACUCAAAAGUGGAGCAUAUGGUCAGUAUCUUGGAAAAACUGUACAAGAACACUUGAGGAUAUGGGCUGAAAAAAACGGGAUACAUACAGACAAAACCGAGGAACAGAAGAAGGCUCAGCGUAAAAGAAGGAAAAGGUAUCGGAAACUUAAACGAAAAGCUUGGUUCACCCGUAAACUUUCUAGAUGCACAGAAAAGCAGCUAUCAGAUGGUAUCAUGAAUGAUAUUGAAUCUAUGGAUGUCGAUUCAGAUAGUCCCACGCAACUUAGAAUAAUCACUUCACAACUGAUAAACGAUGGAGAUGUGUUUAAUGAUACGAAGAAAACAGGUGACAACUAUAACACAGAUUUGAAUGGUAGAUGUUUAGUAAACCCCAAUGAGCUCUUAAAUUCGUCAGGAAAAAAAUCUUAUUUUCGUAAGAAAAGUCGGAGUGCAAAUCCCUGCAACAAAUAAUUCCCGCUAAAUAACACAAUGAUUACAAAUUCUAUUGUAAAUAACUUGGACUUUGCAAGUUGACAUUUGUUUGUAAGACAUUUUGCACAUUAAAAAAUCCUAUUCUAAUGUUAACGAUUCAAGUUCACGAAGUGAUAUCCCUGGCAUCUUAAAGCGACGCUGAAAACUGCAUGUUAUAGCUCUUAGUGCUCUAAACCCAUAUCAAACCGUGUACGGCUGGGCUAGCUGUUGAGACGUUCGACCUACGGUAAGGAGAAUGGCUCUAAUAUACGGAUCUCUUUAGCCUAAACAGGUGACUUAAUAUUGUUGUACAGGACUCACAGAAAUGAAUUUGAACCUGAAAUAUUUUUUCAUCUUACAAACAGGUCAGUGCAACCAAAAGCUGAAUCAAAAGUGCUGGAAAAUCAUCUUCACAACACUUAAAGGCUUUCCCACAGCAAACAAUAAUUUUAUCUUACCGCCUAAAAUGUGGUUGACCCCUGAGAAGAUAAGAUAAAUAAAAAGCAUUACAGUAUGAGAAUAGUUUUCGGACAUUCUGCAGUCUAGGCCAAAAUGUAGAAAAACAGCUUUUAACUAGCUGUGACUGACAAGUUAAACAUCAUAAAGGUUUCAUUAACCGUUCCGUAAUCUUUUUACUCAAGUAAGAAUUAACGGUUUCAGACCGACUCACAACAAAGGCGUGAAAUUUGUUGAACCUUCCAAACACAUUGGUUCUUCUGCAUGUCGUAUGUUUUCCUGUGUCAUCGAAGACUUUAUACUUGACCUACAUCUGGGGCGCUAGGUUUGUAGUCGCUGCACAUGGGAGUGAGUUGUUUACUUUGGUGCUUUUAAUCUCUUAUUUUAGACCGUUCAGCAUCUUUUUCUAUUUGAGCACAUAACGGGGUUCGGGCUAUUUCGAGUGAAGGAAUUUGACGAAAUAACUAGAGGUUUUAAGGCUCACCCCAAUGCUUUUAUCAAACCGGUCGCUUUUGUCCAUUUUAAGUCAGUCCAGGAGGCUGUAGAAAAUGUUCAAACUAUCGUUAGCGGAAAUCUCUCUGACUUGCUCAGACAGUUUCUAAGAAGGAAUGUACCGCCGGUCGACUGUGUGUUGGGAGUCAGUGACGAAAAACUAGGCAAAUGUAUACUGUGAUCGAACAUAAAUAUAAACCUUGGUUUUUGGAAAUGACUAUUCGCUCCAUCGUUUAACGAAAAGUAGUUUUCCAACCAAGAUCUUGGGUCAUCAUAGAACAUAUCAGCCUCAUCGAUAUAACGAUAACUGUCUGAUAUCAGUUUUGUCAAAUCUGGAUCACAUGACAGUUGUUUGAAAGAAAUGUUUCGAUGUAGAUAUCUGAAAAGAAAAGAACGAAUGAAGAAAUCAGUGCACUUAUACAUCUUGUACUAGCUAUCAUACACUUUCGCCAUAUAUGCCAAAAACACAAAGGGAACCAAAUAAUCAAAGCUGUUGGACGUAUUAGAACACUGACUACUGCAAUAAAAAUGAGCCAUUUCGGUCGAUUAUGAUAGUUGGAUGCGGUUAAUUGAAUAAACUGUUGAUCUGUGAAGCAUAUCACAUUCCAUGGAUAAUAGGAUAAGCCAAUUAUGCAUAAACACCAUUCAAUACAAUUUGAUAGACUUCGUGGAGCACAAUAUAUAGUAAACCAAUUACAAACAUGAUGAAACAAUGUCCACUGUAAUCGUUUUAUCAAAACGAAGCAAAAAUAAUUAAAAAGAAAAAGUCAAUAAAUUAAGGAAUUCAAAACUCAAAAGUAUUUGUACAUUCGAGAUGGAUCGUAUAAGCGUACUCUGAAAUGAGGUUGCUGAUGGAAGAGAUUUCGGUGAUGUACAAUUCCUUACUUUUUUCAACGGUUUACUUAAUUAAAUUUUUAUUACUCACAGUACCAACUGUUCUAGUAUAAAAUACACAACUAGAUUUCCG